AUGCCUGCUGCAAGAUGCCUCUUUGCAGCCUCCUCGAAUGUGAGCCACAGUUUAGGAGCUAGAACAAGAGUUCACAAAGUUUUUGGGCAGAGUGCAAAAAACACCCACAACUUUGACUUGGAAGAUCUUGGUGUGCCAGGCCAGACAGCAGGGAGCCAUGAGGGGCCUCAUAUUUGUUGUUGCAAAGCAGCCCCAGCUCCUUCCUUGCCAUCCGCCCAAAGGGUCCCAAAACAGUUAUCUCCACUCCUUGGAACUGGACUCACUGACAGAGUGGUCUUCUCCGUUGCUUUGCUGGCUCUUCCCAAGCAAUUUCAGGGACUGAGUCUUUCCUCCAAGCCCUGGGAUUGGUUCCUCCUCUUGUCUUCUCUAUCUGCACCUUGCUCCCCUUUUCUCCAGACCGACCACGGACGCUCCCUUGGCAUCCCUUUAAAUUCCCUUUCUCCUCUGCUGUGUCCCCCGUGGCAGCGUCUGAUUCACUGUCUUCCUUUUCCUUUUUCAGCACAGUUUCUCUAUUCUUCGUAUGCCACACUGUUUUCCUUGUCCCAGGCUCAAACUCUGGCAGCUGGGCUUGCCACCUUUGAACUGCCAUGGUCCCAGGUGGUACCUUUAAUUAGUAGUGGCAUGGCAUCUUUCCUGCCUCAGCUUGGCGCAGUUUCUUCAGCAUCCCCGGAAUCAAAUCCUGCCCUUGGUUGA